AUGCCGAAAGCCGAAAUAGGAAGUACUAAGCACCUCGCCAACAGCAUGAAGUCGAAAGGACUUCAGCGGCUGCGAUGGUGGUGUGAACCCUGCCAGAAACAAUGCCGCGAUGCGAACGGCUUCAAGUGCCACGUACAGAGCGAGAGUCAUGUCAGGCAGAUGCAUGUCGUCGGCGAGAACCCGCAGAAAUACAUCCAGAACUACAGCAACGACUUCCAACGCGAUUUCGUCUCCCUAUUAAGAACGGCGCAUGGCGAGAAAUUCAUUGGCGCGAAUCGCUUCUACAACGAAUAUAUCCGUGAUAAGGAGCACAUCCACAUGAAUUCGACUCGCUUUCCGUCCCUGACGGAGUUCGUUAAACACCUCGGUCGCGAAGGUAUCGUGAAUGUCAAGGAGGAUGAAAAAGAUGGAUUGAUGAUCGCGUGGAGGGACACCAGUGUUGCGGCGAUAAAGAGAAAAGAGGAGAUCAGGGAACAAGAACUGGCAGAGGCGAGGAGUGGCGCUGGCGAGGAUAGAAUGCUGAAGAAGAUGUCGAAGCGAGCGCAGGAGGAGGCCGAGGAGAAGGCACGGAUACUGGAGGCCAGACGAGCUGCACAGGCGCCGAAGGAUUCUGCGUCUCCGCUUGCAGAGGAGAAGACAUCUGGUUCUGCAGCAGAGGGAGCGUCGGCAGAGACAUCGUCGGAGUCACCUACUGGGGAGAAGAAAGAAGAUGCGGCAGCAGACGGGGAAGCGCCGAAAGAAGCCGCGCCGGUGAAAUUCAGCUUUGGAAUGAAGGCAAAGGUGCCUCCGCCGAACAAGGUUGGCCUCGGGCAGAUGAAGAGCCAGAGCAUCUUCAAGCGCGCGCGUGCGGAUGGCGAAGAGAAGCCAAAGAAGAAGGUCAAGCUAUGA